AAUUCGCUUUUUCAUCUUUAUUGAAACUAUGCUGAGAAAUGAAACUGCUAAGGUCAAAAAUUCCCUUCUGGCUUCCUGUUUUUAGGAGGGUGGGUGUUCCAAGAAGCACAAAGAAAGGGAAGUUGAAUUUGGGGGCUGAAUUCCCCAAAAGGGGGAGGUCCCUCUGGAGCCCUCUAUAAACCCCUCCAGGUAGCCAUGUUCGACUUCUGCAGCCCAGAAUCCUCUCUGUUGCACUGCAGGGACAGAGUUACAACCUUUGCAGCUGAAGAUGAGCCCUUCCGUCCUGCUGCUGUUCCUGCUGACUUCUGAGCUGACCACGACCCACGCGGGCUUGGUGCAACUUUACCGCAUGGUCACCCAAGUGACGGGCAAGAAGGCAGUCCCCUAUUAUUCCUCCUACGGGUGCUACUGCGGCCUGCGGGGUAGAGGGAGGCCCAAGGAUGCCACGGACAGGUGUUGUCAGAGGCAUGACUGCUGCUAUGGCCAGCUGCAGAAGUGGGGGUGCCGCCCCCACAUCACCAGCUACAGCUACAGUUACGGCCAGGGGAAGAUCCAGUGUGGCAGCGGUGCCAACCGGUGCCAGGAGGCCUGCAGAUGUGACCGGGCGUUGGCGCUGUGCCUGAAGCAAAAUGCACGCUGGUACCAGAAAAAAUACACCUUCUACCCAAACUUCCUGUGCAGGGGGCCGUCUCUCUCCUGCUGAUCGUGCCUGGCAGGUUGCCAAGCAGGUCCAACCAGAAAAUAAGCAAUA